ACUUCCAUGUUGACAGCCGAGCCAGUCUCUGUAGAGAUUUUAUUGAAAUGGAAAGUUCCUAAAUGUUUCUCUGAUAUACAAUAGACUAAACUAUUUGGCAAUGCCGUUUAGUAACAGCCUAAAUUGCUGUAGGACUAGUCUAUCAUGGCGGCGCUAGGAGCGGAACGUGGCGAGGUGUCUAAAGUCGAAGAAAAGAUAAACACCCAGAAGACUGCCGACUCAUGGAAACGUCAUAUCAUCCGCCAACUCAAACAUCGGGAUGAGUAUCAGAAGGCGAUGUUUCAAGAUGUCAUACUGGCAUAUAUUAAUCUGCUGGAGAGGUCCAAUCAGAGAGCCCUCAUCACGAAAGGCAUCCUGGGAUCUGGUUCAAGGUACCCUGCCUCCUCCAACGACUCCUUGACGUCCCUGAUUUCCAAGAAUGAUGAUCUGAAGAAAACAACUGGGGAGCUGGCCUACCAGGUAUUGGAGCUCCAGCAGGAGAUUAAGAUCAAAGACUCCGUACUGGAAGAGCAACAUGCCAGGAUGUGUGAGGUGCGGAGGGAUCUGCUGGGGGUGCAGGCUGAGGAUGGAAGUCUGGCGGUGCGUGUUGCCGAGGUGACGGAGGGGAACCGGCUGUUGAAACAGGAGUAUGACUCCCUGCUGGAACAGCACCAUGAUAUGGACCAGACCUUCAGAGAGGAGAAGCUCAGAGGUCAGGAAAUGCUGGAGGAACUGGUCCGGAGGAAGCAGCACGCAGCCAUCAAGAUGAACAGCCGCAACGAGAGACGGGUCAGAGCCAGAGAGGCAAGUCUUCAGAAGGAACUGGAGACCGCCGGGAAGGUGAACGUGACCAUUGAUGUCGGGUCGGUCAGUGCCCCGGCCUCCAGAGAAGCCUCCCCUAAGAGUGAUCUGGCCGAGAGACGGACAACUAGACUGUUCAGGUCAGCCUCAGUAACAUCCCCUCCCAGGAUUCUAGAUUCCAUCAAAGAGCUUUUUGAUAGAAAGAAGCGUCGGGGGAACUCGCUGUGUCUGAGUCUGGAGGAGGAGCUGUAUGUUCCUGUAGGGAUCUGUCUGGCUGCCAGGGUCCCUGUUAGGGCUCUGCAUGUCCUGGAUGCCCAUGAGUUGGGCAUUAAUGCAGUGAGGUUCAGCUCCAGUUGUAACCUGCUUGCUACUGGAGGGACAGACAGAUCCAUUAAGCUGUGGGACGUUAAAGCAG